CGAGCGCCACACCAGAGUCGAUCUCGAGCCGAUCCGCCAGACCCGUCACUCAAAGACCCAAUCGCUGCCUCUCGAACCGGACCGAGACGGCUGGGCCACAUGAGCGACUGCGCGAGAGAGACGGUUCGGCGGAGUUGUCUGCUCUCGGAGACUGAGUGAGCCAACAGGUGUGUCUCGUCUCACCUGUUGAGAACCGGUUCCGGAUCAGUUUGGACCGCGUCCGAUGAUGGAUUAUGUUCUGGUGCUUUGGAUGUAGGUGAGGUCCUCGCUUUUUCCGCGUCAGGAACAGGUGGUUCCGGUCCACAUUCAUGGGGAACCAGGUGGACAAGUUGACGCAUCUGAACUACGCGGAGGUGCCGACGGCGGAUCCCAACGGGUUCGACCCGGACGAUGACGGACCUCGGAUCGGCGUCUCUUACAUUUUCUCGAACGACGACGACGACGACCAGGACGAGAACCCGGAUCACCUGUCGCAGCCGCGCGCGAGCCACGAGGAGAAGCCCUUCGACCCGCGCGACGAGCUGGAGUGUGUCGUCUACUACCGGGACGAGUGUGUGUUCGAGAGACCCGCCGCGGUUCCGACCCACACGGCCGAGAGCCUGCUGAACAAGUGCCGACCCGGGGACCUGCUGGAGUUCGUGGCCUCGGGUCAGUACCCGCACUGGGCCGUGUUCGUGGGCGACUUCCAGGUGGUCCACCUGCACCGGGCUGAGAUCAAGAACAACUUUCUGACCGACGUGAGUCAGGGGAAGCGCGGCAGGAUCGUCAGCGGCCUCUACCGGUACCGCGCGCUCCCGCCGGACGUAGUGGUGCGCAACGCGCUGGACCACGUCGGCACUCGGGACCGGGACUUGGACUGGAGGAACUCCGAGUGCUUCGCCGCCUGGUGUCGCUACGGCAAGCGGGAAUUUAAAAUCGGAGGCGAGAUCCGGAUCGGCAAGCAGCCGUACCGGUUGAAAAUGCACUUUACGGAGAAGAACAGUCACGUCCUGGAGUUCCAGAGUCUGGAGGACGUGGUGAUGGAGAAGAGGAGGAACGACCAGGUGGGCAAAGAUGCGGUGAUGCAGGAGCUGGCCAACCACCUGAGCGCGUCACACGAACUGACGGAGGGCCACUUCGACGACUGACUGACUCGCAUCCAGUCAGAGAGUUUUAAAAAGAGAGUCCGAGUUGAGUCCAAGCAUCAUCAGCUUUUCACUCACGACCCUGCGGGAGAGUCAUUUUUGAGUCUCAGCCUCACUGAAGUCAUGUCAAGUUGUGUCAGAUAAAAUGGCAUCAAUCAUGAAGUUCUCGUUUUUGUCACUGAACCUACCGCCAAAUGGAGCAGUGCUGCUCCCUCAGGUGUGAUUAUAUCAUUUAAUUAAAAACACAGAUCUGGACAAAUAUGAAAUCAAUCACGCGAGUUAUCAAAACAGCGGAGCACAAUCUUCAAAUAUAUAGUUCACCUUUUGCUUUCUGGUGUUAUUGCUCCUCCCAGACACAGGGGGCGGUGUAGAAGGAUGCAUUUGUUUCUUGGAGCGCUGUUAAAUGACAAGAUUAAUAUAAUAACUGGUCAAAUAAUAGAAAAUCAAAACCAAUAUAUUGACUGAACACAUGGGAGGGAGCUGAGAAUUUAAUAUCUAUUUCUUCUUGCUUAACUUUCCCACCAAGCAUGUCGGGGUGCAUUCCAUUAGUGUUUGAUUUUGAUUUGACAAACCAGUGAUCAUCGCUGUUAACCGAGUCAGUUCACUUGAACGCCUCAUCCUGUCUAUCUCGUGUCAACGGGUCUCCUCAUCUCCGCCGAUGUCUGAACUCAUUUUCACAUCUCUUAAACGCCUUCCUUCCUGACUGAGACGCUCCAGCUUCAGUGGCGAUGGCUUGGUUCUGAUCCAGUGGUGGCUGGAACCCCUGCUAGCUCCUCUGAUCCCAGGUGAAUGUUUCCGAAGCUCUGCUCUGAAAGUGUCUCAGGUGUCGCCUCCUGCUGUUCCAGAGAGAAGCCUUCAGCACUCACACUUUACAGACGUGACUGUGCACUUUUAUCCACAGUUUUUUAUUUUUCUGGGGGAAUAAACAAGCUGUUUGUACGAAGGAUUCUCUAAAUAAAUCUAUAUUUGACCAGA